AUGACGAAAUUAAAAAAAAAGGAUGUACCCAAAAAGGCCACGGGGGAAAAAGGCGUGGGCGAAAUUUUGCGAGGGGGGGGGUUCGGCUCCAGAGGAGGUCUACGUUCCGGUGGGGCCCCGGUGGCGGGCCCCGGGAUCCUCGGGAGCCGGCGGAGCGCGCGUAAAAUUGAAGGGCCCCGGGGGGCCCCAAGAGACGGAACUGGGGGCCGGGGGGAACGGGAGAGCGAGAGGAAGAGGAAUCUCGGGGAUGGGGGCCCCCCCCUCGGGAGCGGGGCCCCCCGGGCCCCCUUAGGGGCCUCCCCGCCCCCCCGAGGGUUCCCAGGCAUUCCCCAGAGGGAGACCGGGGGCGGGGCCCGCGCGGAGGAGGGGCGCGGCUUGCCGAUUGGGGCCGGUGGGGGGCCCCCGGGGUCUUUUGGGGAAAGGGCGGGGCGGGGUUUCCCCCCCGGGGCCCCAAUAAAUUCCCCCUUGGGGGGUUUUUUGGGGCCUUAA